CGGUACUAGUAAAUUAGAACACUAAAAAAAUGUGAUUUUGAAUAUGUAAUGAAUAUUUUCUGUUCGAUCUUGGACUUGAAAUUGUUAGUCUAGAUGUGUCGUCGGCAUCACUGCUGCACACCACUCCUUUUCUUUGGCGGGGUGUGUGCGAGUCAAAAAUAAACAAAUGGUAACUUCUGAGGCAGCGACGCAACGUCUGCGCCCUCACUGAUGGCGAUCGGGUGCUCUCGCGGAGGAGCUGGAUCCCAAGAUGCAACUGGAACCCAUGGCGGAGGAUGGGGGAGCGGCAGUUGGACUAUUUAUGAUGUAUUUCUCGGUUAAUUAGUUGCAGCUGAACGCUACGGAAUGGGUGUGGGAAUGGAAUUGGGAUCGGGAAUGCUUCCGCAUGCAUUUGCUAGAAAGUGCGUUUCUUAGGGCUCUGGUUAUUUUUGCUAUAUUUGGAUAUUGCGCCGCUUGAUCGGUGAUGGAUGCCUGCGCCCUUUCAUCAUUUAUCUUCGAGUGCGGCGGGCUAAUGGAACUGCAAUGCGUUUCAGGUACUGGAGCGGAACGAUGACGACGACGAUGGUCAUGAUGACGCUGCACCCGGGCAGACAGUUUUCAAAAUUUCGGGUGAAGUAAUUUAAAAACUAAAUUAAGCCCCAAAUUAAAAGCCAUCAAAUGUUCCGCAAAAUUACACUUCCACAGCAACUACUCAGUUAUAAAAGCCCCUGACUUCUAAAUUAGAUUACCCCGGGCAGUGCAAAAAAUGUUCGACCAACAACUAAACGUACUUUUCCUGCUGCUCCUGACCGUUUGGGCUAUGGGUAGAACCACUUCACCCGAUUUGGAUGAGGACUGCGAGCUUAAUGCUGUCGAUACAAUGCACGAUUUCUGCUGCGACCUGCACGACGAGAGUCCGCAGUUCAGCGACUGCCAGAUGGAAUGGCAUGAGAAGAUCCCCUACGAGACGGAUGAAGAGGAGCAGACCUACAUGUUCUGCACUGCAGAGUGUAGUUUCAACAACACUAAGUUUGUGGGCAGGGAUCGCCGGUCACUAAAUCUUGUACAGGUAAAGGAACAUUUGGAAAGCGAUCUGGUCAAUGAUGCGGAUGUGACGCUCCUUUUUGACACGUAUCUUAAGUGCGACAAGCAUGCGCUCUCGCUUUUGCCGCACAAGGGAGUCAAGCAGUUGGCCAGACGUCUUCUUCGCCAAGGCUGUCAUCCGUACCCGGGUUUGGUCCUCGAGUGCGUGGCCAACGAGAUGAUCCUCCACUGUCCCGUCAAGCGAUUCCAUCAAACAGCCCAGUGCGAAGAAACCCGCAAUCAUCUAAAGCAAUGCAUGCAGUACUUAAAGUAUAAAUCCUAGAAUGGGAUUAAACACACAGUAUUUGCAGCUUA